GCCGCCCGCAGCAGCCCGUCCGCCGGGCCCUCGCCCCGCCGCCCCCGCCGCCGCCCCCGCGCCCCCGCCGCCGCCCCCGCGCCCCCUCGGCCGCGGUGCAGCCGGACCAGCACCAUGUCGCUGUCGCGCUCGGAGGAGAUGCACCGGCUGACAGAAAAUGUCUACAAGACCAUCAUGGAGCAGUUCAACCCCAGCCUGCGCACCUUCAUCGCCAUGGGCAAGAACUACGAGAAGGCGCUGGCAGGUGUGACCUACGCCGCCAAGGGCUACUUCGACGCCCUCGUGAAGAUGGGGGAGCUCGCCAGCGAGAGCCAGGGCUCCAAGGAACUCGGCGACGUGCUCUUCCAGAUGGCCGAGGUGCACCGGCAGAUCCAGAACCAGCUGGAGGAGACGCUGAAGUCCUUUCACAAUGAGCUGCUCACCCAGCUGGAGCAGAAGGUGGAGCUGGACUCCAGGUACCUGAGUGCCGCGCUGAAGAAGUACCAGACGGAGCAGCGGAGCCGGGGGGACGCGCUGGACAAGUGCCAGGUCGAGCUGAAGAAGCUGCGCAAGAAGAGCCAGGGCAGCAAGAACCCGCAGAAGUACUCGGACAAGGAGCUGCAGUACAUCGACGCCAUCAGCAGCAAGCAGGGCGACCUGGAGAACUACGUGUCCGACGGCUACAAGACGGCGCUGACCGAGGAGCGGCGCCGCUUCUGCUUCCUGGUGGAGAAGCAGUGCGCCGUGGCCAAGAACUCCGCCGCCUACCACUCCAAGGGCAAAGAGCUGCUGGCGCAGAAGCUGCCGCUCUGGCAGCAGGCGUGCGCCGACCCCAACAAGAUCCCGGACCGCGCGGUGCAGAUGCUGCAGCAGCUGGCCAGCAGCAACGGCGCCCUGUCUGCCUCCAAGUCCAGCCUGGUCAUCUCGGACCCCAUCCCGGGCGCCAAGCCCCUGCCGGUGCCGCCCGAGCUGGCCCCGUUCGUGGGGCGGCUGUCCGCCCAGGAGACCGCGCCCGUCAUGAACGGCGUCGGGGGCCCGGACGGCGAGGACUACAGCCCCUGGGCCGACCGCAAGGGUGCGCAGCCCAAGUCCGCGUCCGCGCCACAGGCCAAGAUGAGCGACUCCUACUCCAACACACUGCCCGUGCGCAAGAGCGUGGCCCCCAAGAGCAGCUACGCCGCCACUGAGAACAAGACGCUGCCCCGCUCCAGCUCCAUGGCGGCCGGCCUCGAGCGCAACGGCCGCACGCGGGUGAAGGCCAUCUUCUCGCACGCCGCGGGCGACAACAGCACCCUGCUGAGCUUCAAGGAGGGCGACCUCAUCACCCUGCUGGUGCCCGAGGCCCGCGACGGCUGGCACUAUGGCGAGAGCGAGAAGACCAAGAUGCGGGGCUGGUUCCCCUUCUCCUACACGCGGGUGCUGGACAGCGACGGGGGCGACAGGGUGCACGCGAGCCUGCAGCCGGGCAAGAGCAGCAGCACGGGCAACCUCCUGGACAAGGACGACCUGGCCCUGCCGCCGCCCGACUACGGCCCCGCCUCCCGCGGCUUCCCCCCCCAGGCGGCCGGCACCUUCAAGCAGAGGCCCUACAGCAUGGCCGUGCCCGCCUUCUCGCAGGGUCUGGACGACUACGGCGCGCGGGCUGUGAGCAGCGGCAGCGGCACGCUGGUGUCCACGGUGUGAGGACGGGACACGCUGUGCCGCGGAGGAGCGGCCGUCUGCCUCCACGUUCCCUCGCGCUCUCGUCGGUUUGUUUUCGGGUCGUUUUUCUUCCCCGCCCGCCCCUCUCGCCGUUUUGGUUGGUGACCCCAGACUCAGACCCCCACAGUCCAUGGUGCUGCCCCCCCGCUCCCGUGGACACGCCACGCGUGGCCCGCCCGCCAGCGGCGUGCCGUGUCCUGGCCGCUGCCCAUCUGCCGAGGCUGCGCUCGCUGCGCUUUCAAAGGCUCGCUGUGAGCCUGCUCUGACGUUUGAAGAAAAAGAAAAACCUUAAAAAAAGAAACAAAGAAAAAGCAAAAAAACAAAACAAAAACAAACAACAAAAACUGAAAACAGGAAAAGGACUUUCUUUCCCUGAAAACAAACCAGAAAAAGAUCUGCAUGGACUCCGGUGUGCUACUGUUACUUCUGCAUCUGACCCGCCAGGGGCACCUGUCAGACAGGAGGGCGGCUCCCCUGCUCGCGCCCCCGGCUCCGGCUGGGCCCGGGGAAGCCACCGUGAGGGAGGCUGUGCCACUCGGCCGGCGCCUGAGGGCUCCCCCACCCCCCCCGGCUCCGUGGACGGCGUUCGGCGGCCUCACCCAGCGCCCUGCGGGAGGGGGCGGGAGCAGGGCACCUGGCCGCACGGACAUGCCAAAGACCUCCAGGGCCUCCCCGCCCCGCGUCCCGGACACCGGUCCCUGCACCGGCCUGGUGAGGGCACGGGGCAGAGGCACCGAGGGCGGCUCCGGGCACUGCCCACACGCCUGCCGCCCCCGGGAAGGUACCCCGUCCCCCUAAGCGCUCUCGUCUUUUUGUGUGUCUUGCUGGCUUCAGAAAGAGACACGCUGGACUCAGUGGCUACUGGUAUUGCCUCCUCAUACGCUGAAGCCGGGAAGCCGGCGAGGACAGCCCCGGCCCGGCCUUCCUGCCGCGGAGCCGGGAGCCGCGGAGCCGGGAGCCGCGGGCGGGCGCUCCUUUCACAGCGGCAUGACUUAGCAAGAGCUCCCGCGGACUGGGACGUGGCCGGGAGCGUUGGCGACAGAAGCCGCCCAAGACACAGACGGUUUUAUAUUCAAGGAAAAUGCAAAAAAGCCAGACGUGGGCUGCCCAGCCCUCCGCGCUGGUCCUGCCUUCGCUCGCAGCUCGCAACCCAGGGACUCCGCUCGGCGAAUGUAGACACCGCCAGCUCGAACGAAGGUGUAAAGUGCUCACGAUGGUCCCCCCUUUUUUUUUAAUCUGAAUUGUGCCCUGUACUGCAGUGGUUUGAAUAAAAGUUUUAUUUAUUGCA